GUUACAUUCUAACACCUCACGUUUUACUUUCGCCAACAUUGCCGACGGGCCCACUAAGGUCCCGGUGAACCGCGGACUUCAACCGGCGCGAAAGACCGCCCGCCCAGCUGGCGCCAAACUGAGCUCAGGCUCCCGCUCUCUGGACUAAUGUCGGACAUAGCAGCGCAAUCAGCCGGCCUCGAGGUGCAGGCCGGCGCUGCCCUUGCUGGCGAUGUCCCCGGCCAUGCCGAUUUUGCACUCGACUUGUUCGAUUGGGUCGGCCGCCUCGAUGAGGAGGCCCAGCAGCGCUUCCAUAGCGAGCUGGAGCGGCGGGGGUCGCUGGCGCAGGUCCGAGGCGUGAGCCGCAGUGCCCGGGCGUUUGUGGACGCGCACGCUCGGGCACCGCUGCUGAUCCGGCUGCGGCCGCCCGCUGUGGUUGCAGCCGAGGCGGCUGCUGAUGCCGCCGUGACAGCCAAGCGCCGUGGCGGGGGCAGCCGGGCGGCGACCGUGGAAGAAAAGCUAGCUGCAUUGCAGCGCUGGCCACACCGCCGCCGGCUGGUGGUGGUGGUCGAUCCGCGCAUGCCGCCGCCAGCUGCUGCCGCUGCGGGCGCACCGCGCGGCGGCGGCAGCAGUAGCAGCCAGCGCGGCGGCGGCUCUGGCGCAACAGCCGCCGCCGCCGCCGUCGCCGCCGCCAGCAGCGACAAGCCGCCGGAGCUGUCGGGUCUGCUGCGGCCGCUGCUGCAGGCGCCGCCGGCGGCACUGCGGCGCAUCAACGUCCUCAAGCUGCACCUCUCCGCCGCCGCCGCCGUGCCGCGGCUGCUGGCGCUCGAGGAGGAGCGGCUGCUGUGUGAGCACGAGGAGGACGACGAGGGCCGCGAGCUCGGCGACUGGCCAGACGACACAGACCCGACCGGCGGCCGCAGCAGCCAACGUGGCGGCGACGCGGCGGCUCCGCCGCCGCCCAUGCGGCUGCCGGCGGGCGUGGUGGCGGCGCUGGUGGCGGCGGUGCCCAAUGUGGAGGAGUUGCGGAUGACUGGCAUGUGGGUGACGCCAGGCCAGGCAGAGGAGGCGGAGGCAAAGGCGCGCAGCUGUGGUGCGGCGUCGCCGCCGCUGCUAGGCAGGGCCUUCCGCCGCGGCAGUAGCAGCGGCAGCCGCGGCACCGGCAGUAGCAGCGACGUGGAGGAGCAGCAGCACCGCUACUUCACAGCGCUUGCGAGGCUGCCCCGGCUGCGGCUGCUGCAGCUACCCUCCUAUGCCGGCCUGUCACAGGCGGCGCCGCUGGCCGCGGGCUGUCCGCAGCUGUCCGCCCUGGUCCUGGGAAGCCGCGAGCCCGAGCCCUUCUGGCUCAACUGCGGCGGCCUGGCGCCCCGGCACAACGACGGCCUGCAAGACCUCCUCCCGCCCGAGGCCCUGCAGGUGCUGGAGUCGCUGCCGGCGCUGACCCGCCUGAGUGUGUACGGCAUGCACGCGCCCUGCCCCAGCCUGCCGCGGCUGCUGAAGCGGCUGCUGCGGCCCGCCGGCAGGGACGAGGCUGGCGGUGGCGGAGGCGGUGGCGGUGGCGGGUGGGGGCGGCUGAACAGCUUCCAGCUGUUCCACGCGGGCCUGGCUUUCUACCGCCAGCCCGCCCUGCACCUGAGGAGGGUGGUGCAGCAGCAGGGAGACGCCGCUGGCGGAGGUGCGGGUGGUCUUGAGGGCAGCGACGCACAGCGUGCUACGGAGCGAGCGGCAGCGCCGGCCGGGCCUGUUGCCGCCAGUCUCAGCAGCAGCAGCCGGGGUGGCGGCGGGGAGGAGCAGCGGCCGCCGCCGCCGCCGCUGCCUCAGCCGCAAUGGGACGUGAGCCUGGGUAUUGACCUGGAGCACCUGGCGACACUGCUGCUGGACGUGGCCCCACCCGCACCACCACCAGCCCCUGCCGCGCCUACUGCCUCUGCCGCCUCUGGUGCUGCCUCCUCCUCGGGAUCCGCCGCCUCCGGUGCUUCCGCCGCCUCCUGCGGCUGGUGGCUUCGCCGCCUGGAGUACGACGUGAUGGUGUGCGCCGAGCUGGCGCCCACCUGGCUGCGGCCCAACAGCUCCAUGCGCAAGCUGCUGACACAGCACGCCGCCGCCAAUGCCGCCGCCGCCACCGCCGCCGCCGCCGCUACCGCCGGUGGCAGAGGCGGCCCAAGUGCUGCUGCCUCCGCCAGCGGCGCCGGCAGCAAAGUGGCUAGCGCUCCAGGCGGCAUCAACAGCAGCACCAGCCGCAGCGACGGUGUCGGUGUCGGUGUUGGCGGCGGCGGCGGCGGCGGGAUGCGGAAGCUGUUGGCGCUGCCGCUGCCGCCGGAGUUGGGCGGCGCGUUCGGCUCUCUGGACGCCGUGGCGGGCAAUGUGGUGGAGCUGGGGCCGCCGCUGGAGCUGCACCUGAUGGGGCUGGACGGAGAUGAGGGCGGCCGCGACGACGCCGGGGCGCUGAUGGAUGCCCUGACGCAACUGGCGCCGCACCUGCAGCCGCGGCUGCGGGUGCUACAGCUGACGCACAUGCUGCGGGCGGAGGCGGUGACGCCGGCGGGGCUGCUGGCGCUGCUGCGGCUGCUGCCGGGGCUGGCGGAGGUCCGGGUGGCGGCGUGUCGCGGAAUGGACAAGGAGGCGCAUGUGAAAGCGUUUGUGGAGCUGGUGAACGCGGCGAUGUCGCAGCAGGUGAAGGCGUCCAGGGAGCUGGUCAUGCGGAUGUGGCGGGAGCAGCGGCAGCAGAAGUGCACCGCAGCGGCGGAGCAGGGGGCGGCGGCGAUUGCAGUAGUGGAGGCGGGAGCUGGUGCAGAUGACACGGAGGCUGGAUUUGUGUCUGAGGCGGCGGCGGCGGCGGUGGCACACCAGGCGCCGCCGCCGGAGGUGGUGUCCCAGGCGGCGGUGGCGGCGGGCGUGUCGCAGCUGCUGCUGGCACCCGUACGCGUGUGGGGCCACCCGGACAACGCCACGUGUGUGCGGGUCAUGCUGGACGAAACGCCACGCUACCCGCCUGGCUACUUUGAGAACCUGCCCGUGCCCCGGCUGCUGCUGUCGGAGGCGCGCAUAGCCAGCCACCCCCCUACCUGCUGCUGAGUACCUGACGUACCCUAGCUAGCAGAAUGGGAGCGCGCAUGUUGGGGCAGGGGGAAUGAGCAGCAGGGUCGGCAGUGAGGUAGGGCUGGGAGGGCUGGGAAGUGUGCGGUGUGUGGGUAGCUAGGGUAGCUAGGGGGCGGCGGCGGGGCGGUGCGCGAGGUGGACUGGAUGUGGCGCGGCGGCAACAGGGGGGCAGCAGGGCUGUGCAUGUUCGAGGGAAGGAAGAGGUGGGAUGAUGAAUGUGUAGGCUGCAGGGCUGCAGGUGUCGCAGCUCGCAGGUGCGGGAUAGAUGCGGCAGGCGCCGGCCCAUAUCAGCAGUGCGGUUGAUGAAUAGAAGGAGUGCGGUUGAUGCGGCAGGCACCGGCCCACAUCAGCAGGUAGGAGCGGUGCUGCCAUGUAGUUGUUUUGAUGGAAGCACGGGUCGCGCAGUAGCUGAACUGGUGCAUAGCAAGUUGCUUGCUGGCGGACUGCUGUUGCCUGGAGCAGGUAAGGGUCUGCGUGUUGGCACAUGUUCGCUACCUUGAUGUUGCAGGGGUCCCGUUGUUGGCAGACUAAUGGAGGGUGCUGGCACACGACGAGUGCAAGCGCUGAAUCCGCGAAUCCGU